UCAAUUAUCACAACCCCAUUCUCAAUCUCCUAACCAUCACAUUAUUCAUAGCCUUUCAUUUUUCAAAGAUGUUCAGACACCUUCCUCCCAACCGCCAGAUAAUUCACUUAUCUCCGAUAACUCAAUCCUCAGUCCCACCUCGAAACGACAUGAACAACUACCCUCAUCCUCCUCAAUCUCCUAACCCACCAUUGGUUUUUGCGACUCAACCAAUCCACCCCUCACAUCAACCCCAAUCUUGGGUAGAGAUGAGCCUACAGGGACAAGCAAUCAUCUUUUCCAUGGAUAUCAACGGGAUGGAAACUCUGGUAAUCCUCCAAAACCAGAAUUUCCUGGCGCAACUCAUAUCGGAGGGUAUGAAAGUAGCUAUGGAUUUUUUUGUGAAUCAACUAUGGGCAGCAAAUGUACUCGACCCUCUAGCACCAGCAGUAACUCCUGCCUUCAUCCAAACAAUGCAGACUUUGUGGAACCUCCCUCACCAUCUCAGUCCAUAUCCAAACUUGAGCAACCUAGGUCAAACCCCUUUCUUCACUCCGCAAGAGCUCAUUCACAACAACCCACUGAUCUUUCCUUGGAUGCCAGUCCAGACUCCACAACCAACUUUCCCCAUACCAGUCCCAGGGAGCCAAUCCACUCAAAUUCCUCUAGAUCCAGAAGUGGCAAGAGCCCCUUCACUUGGAAGGAUAAGUUCGUUCACCGAAAUAUCAAACUUCAAAAGUGCAGCCCUUAUGAUUUUUCCAAAAGAAGAGGACAAAAAGUACAUUCACAACUGUCCGCCCAAUCUAACGAAGUUCUCCUUCGAUCUCAGGCCAGCAAUAAACAGUGCACUAGCCAAGUAUGCAGUAGUAUUGAGCCCGACCUUGAGAAUCUUUCCAAACCACAUGUCGGGAAAUGUUGAUGUUCCACCAUUUUUCUGCUCUCCCAUGACUCAACCGACUAGCAUUAUUGUUUGGAACACCCGUGGAGUUAAUAAUGAUAAUUUUAAGAGAAACUUCAAAGAGCUCAUUCGAAGCCAUAACCCUUGCAUGGUGGCUCUUUUAGAGACCAAAUUGUGUAACCAUCACAGUAUGGUCAGUGAAUAUGGUUUUGAUGACUACUGGGAAAACCCAGCACAGGGCAGAUCUGGUGGAAUUGUGCUUCUCUGGCAUUCCAACAUUAUCACUGUCACUAGGAAACGUCAAACCCCUCACGAACUCCAUGCCAUGAUACAGAUUAAUGUUGAGGAGGUUGGGGAAUCCAGUGGUCCGCCAUAACUUCAGGCAGGGAAACAAAGUAGCAGACUUUUUGUGCAAGAUAGGUUCUCAGCUAACAACGACCCCUCAAUCACAUAUUCUACAUACUCCACCUGAAGCUGCAAUAGAGUUUUUCUCAAAGCAGAUCAAGAAGGAGUUCUAGCUACUAAGCAAAUAUUUAGGUCAUUAUGUAAUAAGUUAGCUAGUUUUGGGAACUUAUCUGUAAUCACUAGCUAUAAUAGUGAUCGUGUAUUGUUCUAACUAUAUAUAUAAUAUAU